GGCCCUCUCCGGGGUCGCUCCCUCACCGCACCGAGCGGCCCGUCGGCUUCCGCGCGUGUUGAUAUUUCUACGAUGACUAAAUAUCGAUACUUACGUUUAAACAAAAGCACACUUUAACUCGUCACCCCGUGUUCCGCGCGGAGUAGGCGACAACAAGCCCAGCGCGCCGGGAUGAACCGAAAGAAAAGCGAGAAGGGUUUCGAAAGCCCGCGCCCGUUCAAAUUGAACCAUCAGGUACUCAGCAUCAACAACAUCAACUUCCAAAAGAAGUCCAUCAUUGGCCAUGUGGAACUCACGCUGUUUCCCACCACGGCGACGCUCAACAAGAUCCGCCUCAACUGCAAGCAGUGCCGCAUCUACCGCGUGCGAGUCAACGACAAGGAGGCCGCCUUCAUGUACAACGACCCCACGCUGGAAGUGUGCCACCAGGAGAACAAACAGCGCAACUUGAACUUCUUCUCCAAUGCGUACGCGGCGUCCGUGCAGGCGGUGGAGGCAGACUACGGCAACGGCGAGCUUUUGAUCAAAGUGCCGUCGGACCUGCGCGAGCACGUGGAAGAGAUGCGCAUGCUGAAGGUGCACGUCGAGUUCUGGAUGGACAACCCCAAGGGUGGACUGCAGUUCGUGGUGCCCGAUCUGGAGGGCACCUUGGCUGAACGGGGCGCCCACGUCUUCUCCUAUGGGCACCAGAAUGCAUCGAGGUCUUGGUUUCCGUGCAUAGACUCGUACUCGGAGCUGUGCAUGUGGAAGCUGGAGUACACGGUGGAUGCCUCCAUGGUGGCCGUGUCUAACGGCGACCUCGUGGAGACCGUAUACACGCACGACAUGCGCCGCAAGACGUUCCACUACCAGCUCACGACGCCCACGGCCGCGCCCAACAUCUCGCUCGCCGUGGGGCCCUUCGAGAUCCUCGUGGACCCCUUCAUGCACGAGGUGACGCACUUCUGCCUGCCGCAGCUGCUGCCGCUGCUCAAGCAGACCACCUCGUUCCUGCACGAGAUUUUCGAGUUUUACGAGGAGGUGCUCACCUGCCGCUACCCGUACACCUGCUACAAGACGGUGUUCGUGGACCAGGCCUACGUGGAGGCCACCUCCUACGCCUCCAUGAGCAUAUUCAGCACCAAUCUGUUGCACGGAGCAACGAUAAUCGACCAGACGCCCAUCACUCGCAAGAGAAUAGCCAAGGCUCUGGCGCAGCAGUUUUUUGGCUGUUUCAUCUCGCGAAUGUCCUGGACUGACGAUUGGGUGCUUAAAGGCAUCUCCGGCUACAUUUACGGCCUCUGGAUCAAAAAGACCUUCGGGAACAACGAAUAUCGUUACUGGAUUAAAAAGUGGUUGUCCCGAGUGACGGAUUACGAGCUGCAAACCGGAGGCAUCCUCCUCCACCCGACCUUCGCUGCCGGCAAGGAGAAGGAGAGUCCCACUCCUCACCUGCACUUCUCCGUGUGCUACCCGCACACGCUCUCGUGGGAAUACUACAAACUGUACCAGGCGAAGGCGCACCUGGUGCUCAGGCUCAUAGAGAACCGCAUCAGCAUGGAAUUCCUGCUGCAGGUGUUUAACAAGCUGCUCUCUCUGGCCAACACCGCAUCUUCCCAGCGCUUCCAGUCCCACAUGUGGAGCCAGAUGCUGCUGUCCACCAGUGCAUUCCUCAAGUCCAUCUCCAUUGUUUCGGGCAAGGAUAUCCAGCCGCUGAUUCGUCAGUGGGUCGACCAGUCUGGUGUGGUGAAGUUCUACGGGACGUUCGUGUUCAACCGCAAGCGCAACAUCCUGGAGCUGGAGCUCAAGCAGGACUGCAUCGCGCAGGGGACGCAGAAAUACGUGGGUCCUCUGACAGUCACCGUGCAAGAGUUGGACGGCUCGUUCAACCACAACCUCCAGAUCGAGGAGAACAGCACGCGCCACGAGAUUCCGUGCCACUCAAAGAGCCGCCGGAACAAAAAGAAGAAGAUCCCUCUGCUAAACGGGGAGGAGAUCGACAUGGAUCUGUCAUUGAUGGAUGCGGACUCACCGCUUCUGUGGAUCCGCAUCGACCCGGAGAUGAGCAUCCUGCGACGCGUGGAGCUGGAGCAGCCGGACUUCAUGUGGCAGUACGAGCUUCGCUACGAGCGCGACGUGGUGGCGCAGGGCGAGGCCAUCUCCGCCCUGGAGCGCUUCCCCACGCCCCAGUCGCGCUUGGCUCUCACCGACAUCCUGGAGCACGAGCAGUGCUUCUACCGCGUGCGCAUGCAGUCCACCAUCUGCCUAGCCCAGAUUGCCAACGCGAUGGUGAACACGUGGAACGGACCCCCAGCGAUGAAGUCGAUCUUCACACGGAUGUUCUGCUGCAAGACCUGCCCCAACAUCAUCAAAACGAACAACUUCUGCAACUUCCAGAGCUACUUCCUCCUCAAGACCAUCCCCGUCACAAUGGCCAUGCAGAGAGACAUUCACGGCAUGUGUCCCAAGGAGGUGCUCACAUUCCUGCUGGAUCUCAUCAAAUAUAACGACAACCGUAAAAACAAGUUCUCGGAUAACUACUACCGGGCGUCGCUGAUCGAAGCCCUCGCCAACUCCGUGACGCCGGCGGUGGCGGUGAGCAACGAGAACCGCACGGUGGAAAACCUCAACGCGGACGUGCGCCUCGUGCUCGAGGAGAUCACGCGAUUCCUCAACAUGGAGAAGCUGCUGCCCUGCUAUCGGCACACCGUCACCAUCAGCUGCCUGAAGGCGAUUCGUGUUCUCCAAAAAAACGGACACAUCCCCAGCGACCCGGCCAUCUUCAAGGCGUACGCGCAGACUGGCCACUUUGUCGACAUCCGGCUCGCCGCACUCGAGGCCCUGGUGGAUUUCACGCGAGUGGACAUGAGCGCAGACGUGCUGCAGUGGUUGCUUGACCUAGUUCACACGGACCCCAUACCUUACAUCAGGCACAAGAUUCUCAGCAUGAUGAUCCGCGUGCCGCCAUUUGCUCGCGGUUCGGACUCGCCGCUGUGCAGCGAGGCGUUGGUGGAUAAUCUCUGGAAGCUCAUGAACUCAGACACGGCGCAGGACUGCCGCUUGCGUUGUGACGCUGUCGACCUCUACCACGUGCUGUUCGGCUUGAGCCGCCCGGCAUGCCUGCCGCUGCCCGAGCUGGGCCUGGUGGUGAACCUCAAGGAACGGAAGGCGGUGCUCAACCCGACCAUCAAGUCAGAGGCGACGGCGCUUCCCCCGCCCGCCGAGAUGCCGUCCAGCGCCGCGACGCCGGGAAGGGCGACCGUGGCCGCCACCGGCACGCCGGAGGAAGGUCCGGCAAGCAAGGAGGUGGCGGCCGUCAACCCACCGCCGCAGGGAGUGAAGAGGAAAGCCGAGUCACCCCUCAGCCUGGGACCUGACGCAGGGUCGGGGCACUCCGGAGCCGAUCGAGACGACGACGGCAAAAUGAAGCUCAAAAUCAAGUUCUCAAACUCUCAGGAUGAUGAGGAGGUGGACAUGGAGACUGUGCAUGACAGCCAAGCCUUCAUUAACCAGCAGCUCGGCAUAAUGGACUACCCGGCCACACCAGGCAAAGAUGCGACGAAAGCGUCUUCUACUCCUGCAGCAGAUACUCCAGCACUCCCGAUAUCAUCUCAACCGGCGGCUACCCCCUUCCCUGCUGCCGCAUCCCAUUGGCUGGCCGCCUCGGAAGUGCUGCCCCCGUCACCGCAACACGUCCAGCAGCAGCUGCAGCUGCAGUCGGGCCACCACCAUCAUCACCACCACCACCACGAGCACAAGAAGAAGAAAAAGAAACACAAGCACAAGCAUAAACACAAGCACAAGCACGACAGCAAGGACCGCGAUCGCAACGCCUCCUCAUCGUCGUACUUCCACCUCAACAGCCCGGCGAGCGGACGGUCCCUCAAUUCGCCCUCCGUCUCCGACUGAGGUCGCCCGCGCGGGGCUCUAACGUGGCACCGCCGCCACUGGCCUCCUCUGGCCCGGCCACACCGCCGACUCGUGCCGGGGCCUGCGCGCCUGGCGGACUCGGAGCCUCGAGUGUUUUUUGUGGGUGGCGAUCCUUGAACCAGGUGCCGGAACGCCGCGCAGGUUUUGCGAAAGGUUCCGGGCCCUGCUGGGACGUCAUUAAACGAAUGGUGAAUGAGUGUCUGUGUGGCUAUCACAGGCCAUCUCUGUGCUGUAGUGUGAGGCCAGGCUCCAGGCUCAAUAAUACGCUAGGUAUCACCGACGCCACAAAUCCUAUGUUUAUCUGCCAAUCUGUAUGAAAAAAAAGUAAUUUUCCACCCUCCCAAUAUCCUGCCUAAUAUACUGUUCUGUAUAUCUCAUUUUUUAUUGCCUACAUAAGAGUCUGCAUGGUUGAUUGUUAGGGUCUCCAAGACCCUCCUGCUAGCCAUUCGGAGCUGUAUAAUUGAGCCAUUCUUUCUGGGGUUUGCAUAGUGUGGCGCAGCGUUUAUAGGGGGCCCAUGCUAUUUUAGAAGGCAAUUAAAGUCACGCGCGAGGCUAAAAAUAACCGCGGCUAUCGCUCGCAUGAGGCAACGUUGCCAGCGCGGCGCACGGCUGUCAAUCUGCGCAGCUACCGAAAACCGGGCCAGCUCCGCUCCGGCCACGACAGACAAACACGAAAGCGAGGGGUCGAUGCAUUCCUCAUUGUAAACGACUGCUGCCCGACGUGGCAGACGGGGCAAGGCAGCACGGUUCUUUAUUUCCCCACCCCUCCCCUGCCACCACCCCUUUCACUGCUCCCCCCCCCCCCCUCUCAACAAAAGCUAAUAGGUGUGCAUAACGCGCUCCGUGAAUGACUGGUGUUUAUCGAUCGCAGCUGCAGAGAAAGAGAAGUAAUUUGGGUGCCGGGCUGGGUCAGGUCCUCGUGACGUUCGUCGCUGCUGGAGCAGGGAUCAUUUCGCCGACGUUUUUGAUCUUCGUCAGUCGUGCCAUCAGAGCUGGAACUUAAUUAAGACGCCCCGGGUGAAGACUUUGGUGCGUACUGACAGUUGUGCAUCGCCAGAGGUGGGUAGAGUGAUUGGUAGUGGUGUCCGCUGCCACUGUGGGUGGAAGGAAAGGGCUGUAAAGUGGCUGACACUUUUUCUUUUACAGGGAAAUGCGGGUCAUGUCGGCCGUGACAGUUAUCCUUCCUAUAUAUGUCAGAUGUGGGCAGAAGGCCUUCAGAAUAAAGAUAUGAAAGACAUGCCCGCCCGUAUGUUAGACCUAUUCACUUAUGUCAGAUGACAGAGUAAUGCCGCAGCUCACGGAAAUUUUUAAUAAAGUAAUUGGCGAGGGUUUUAGCAUUAAAACGAUUUAUAAAAAAAUGUUAUUGAACAUUUUAAUUGAUCAUCUUGGAGCCUAAAUGUUUUUUUCUGCGGACAUUUUUUUUCUUUUUUUUAACCACGAAGAAGAAGAGCGUUUGCCCAAAACAUCGAUAAUGUUAUUCUCCUAAAUGAAUACUCUCCGUGGUUUAUAUCCAACAGACGAUAUUUGCCAUAGCUUAUUACCCAGCCUAGCCAUAGCCGUUGUAGUUCGGCUUUCCUCGUGAGGUUUUGGGGUUGGAGGUGGGAGCAAGGCAAUUAGAGAUGGCUUUUCUUGAUGCACCCACUAAAGAGAGCAAUUCCCACUGUGCACCUGUGACCCAGCCACCUCCUCCUGGCCCAUUAACUUUUAAAUUGGACACUGAAAACAUUCCCACAACUUUGUACAUGCGCGUGUGUGUUAGUGUGCGUGCGUGUUACUGCUCGUGGUCAUUCUACAUUUCUUAAUUUCCUCCCUCUGACCAGAAACAAGAGCAGACACGAGCAGAGCUUGCUCCGUCGUUAAGUUUUUACCUGGUCACUGUUUGACAGCCCGCCACCUCGCAGCAUUUUUUUUUGCAAACUGGAACGCGUUUGAGUGUCCUUGCGUCACGUAAAAAAAAACGGCGUCAUCGAAUUUCAUUUUGAACCAGCGCGCAAGAAAUGUGAAAAGUGUGCGCAGACUUUGUGCAAACAAAAAAAGCCUUUUAGCCCAGAUUUGGUAACGUGUCCGAUAGUAGACUUUGAAAGAGCUCUACAUAACACAGUGAAGACGCAAGCACGCUCGGCAUGGUAUUAAUCAGCCACUGGCAAUUUUUUUUGUAUGUUCAUACAUGUCAUUAUUCUGCCUUGAUAAUUUUUACCAAAAAAAUUGCAGUACAAGUUAUGGGUCAAAUAUAGAUUUUUUUUUUUAUCUACAAAGGCAAGACGCUGCAGUUGAUGUAACGGAAUAUCUAUAGGAGGCUCGGAUUAUAUCGACUUCCGUGGCCAAAAUAUUUCAAAUGCUCUGGGCCGACCCCAUAUACAUGAUGGCUUACAACAAACGUGCACCAGCUGACAUACAAGUCUCUUGGGUCAUUCUUUAUGCGUCCUUGUGUGUGUGUUUUUUUUCGUCACUCUACCAGGAAUGUUAACCUCUGUGUAAUUGCAUAGACACGUUUUGAAAACGGUGUGCCCCGUGACAAUUUUGACUUAUUUUGAAAUGCACACCUUUCUCCCGCUGUACCUUCUUUAGACAUCAAUAGUUUUGUUUGAGCUCUGUUAAGUUAUCUUUUUCCGCAACUACACCGAACCGCCAGUGAAAAUGUGCUCCCGGAAAGUGUAGACAGUUGUAAGCGAGAGCCUCAAGUGAAGACAUUCGAUUUGAAAAAAACCUCCUGACAGCCCCUUGUCACGCUGCACCCCCCCCCCCCCCCCCCCCGUUCCCACGGGUGCCAGGUGAGGGUUAUGAAAUGCACGGAAUGCCAUGGCGGUGUGUGUUCACGGUGUCGUUUCCUUCUCAUCUGUCAAGAAAUGUUCGCCCCUAAAGCUGUCAGGGGCGAGUCCUCGGGAGGUGGGGCUGAUGGGGGUGGUCAUUUUUUCUUGCAAAGGACGCGAAGAUCGCCUUUUAAAAUGCACACCCUGUGAUUUUCACGAAUUGCACCGGACCCGACAGCGAGUUUGAUUAAGCGGAGGCCGUUACCCUCCAGGGUUGCGUUGCUUUGCCACCUUUAUUCACGUGAUAUGAGGAAGCCACUUCCAAUGGUGGUUUAUUCGAUCAAGGGCCACACUUAUUAUCCAUCGAUCUCCCCCCCCAGUAUGUCACCGUUAUGUUUUAGAUUUAACGCGCAUGUCCCCUCUUCGGGAGGGGCUCUACCUCUUCGUUAUGUGUCGCAGCGGACAAACGCAUCUAUUGGCGAUGAGCGAAGGAGCCGGCUGGCGAUGUCUCUCUCGCACGCUGCACGAGAGGCUGUGGCAUUAUUAAAGAAACCCCCCCCCCAACCCCUCCCUGGAGGACCGAUAAACUUGCAAGGUGAACAGCGCUGCAAAAUUUUUUACGCGCCAGCGACGCGCCCUGGCCACCCCGCUGCUCGCGGCGACCACCGAGCCCCCCGGCCCCCCGCCAGCUGACCUGGCAGGGCAUGGCUGACCAAAGCAUUGCGAAUUGCACGCCGAUGUUUCGGUUGGUGCCGUGGGAAAACCGCACCGGCCCCCCGCGGUCCUCGUUCUUCUUGUCGCUUUUGAAUGCCGUUGCUUUCAUUUCGCGUUUUGCGGACGCACCCAUUGUUAAAGUUCGUUUGGUGCAUUUUUUUCGUUUUUUUACGCGCGCUGCAUUGUACGCGUUGCGUAUAUAUAUGGUAUGUUCACAGUUCGCAACUUUCCUCUGAAUUCCGCCCUCCAGAUAUAAAAAUGCACGUGUUGCAGCUCCGUUUUUAUUUUUUGCAUGUUUUUUUUACACCCCCCGCGUGUUUAAAGGAUGUGCAAAGUUACUAAAAAGUAAUGGUAAAAUCUACUAAUAUCGUUUUUUUAGCUGGAGCGACAUGGCGUCGCAGCACGUGUGCAGGAAUCGAUGGCGUUCCAUCGAUAUGCUGAGCGAUGAAAAGGGCUCGUGCACAGGUAUGGGUUGCUAGGUCGCAGAACGGUGAGAGAUUGCGGCCGCUUGCAGAGGCCUUCAUCAGUGAAUUUGAUCGUGACUGAUGUUAUGUAAUAGGUUCACGUUACCCCUACAUCCACGAGAGACGCUACACUCGUUUUGUUAGGAACUGAAUUUUUUCCCCUGUUUGUCGUUGUCCUUACCCCCGCACCUCCAAUGAGCGUGGGUAGCUACGCACGGUUGCGAAAUAAGUUCAACAUACACACUUACAAUGCACCCGCAAUGUUCAAGAAUCGUGGCGAAUCGCCGAGGAAGACAAUUGCAACCAUUACUGACGAUCCAUUUGCCCUCAAAAACCCCCGUCUAAAUAAACAUGUACAUAGACAGACAUCAUGCUGCCUUUUAUUA